CACAACUGCUUAAGCUGCAGCAUAAAAGGAAAGCUAUGCAGACACACUCUCCCUAAGUGCUACAACUGCAAAAAGCCCCACUUUGCUAAUAGCAAAGACUGCGAGAUCUUUCUAGCUAUAACAAAGAAAGGCCCUCAGCAGCCAUCUCUAUGUUAG